GGGAGCGGCGCGAAGGAACCCGCCAGCCCCGCGCGCCACGCCCAGGCGCGGGCUGUGGGCUGCGGCGCAGUGGGCAGCACCAGGGACCCAACCCCCGGCGCGGGGAGGGCGGCGCGGCGCGGGGCGGGGCGGAGCGGGAGUGCGUGGCGCGCGCGUGCGGGGGAGCGGCGGCGGCGGGAGCGAGCGUGCGCGCGGCCGGGCUGCCUGGGCUGCUGGUGGUGCCUGUGACUGUUGGCGGCGGCCGGUCUUGCAUGCGAGGAGGCGGCAGCGGCUUCUCCAGACACCUGCGGCGGCGGCGACCCCCGGUGGCGCGGAGAUGUGGCCUUUGGUGGCGGCGCUGUUGCUGGGCUCGGCGUGCUGCGGUUCAGCUCAGCUAAUAUUUAACAAAACCAAAUCUGUAGAUUUUACCUUUUGCAAUGAAACUGUUGUCAUCCCAUGCUUUGUUAUAAACGUGGAGGCCCAGAGCACUAAAGAAAUGUUUGUCAAGUGGAAAUUUAAAGGAAAAUACGUUUUCAUCUAUGAUGGAGGACAGAAUAAGUCUACUGUAGCUGAUAGUAACUUUUCAAGUGCAAAAAUCGCAGUUUCGGAAUUAUUAAAAGGGGAUGCCUCUUUGAAGAUGGAUAAGCGUGAUGCCGUCCUAGGAAAUUACACAUGUGAAGUAACAGAAUUAAGCAGAGAAGGUGAAACAACUGUGGAUCUGAAAUACCGUGUUGUUUCAUGGUUUUCUCCAAAUGAAAAUAUUCUCAUUGUUAUUUUCCCAAUUUUGGCUAUACUUCUGUACUGGGGACAGUUUGGUAUUUUAACACUUAAGUAUAAAUCCAGUCGCACAAAUAAGAAAAUCAUUCUUUUACUUAUUGCUGGACUACUACUCACCACAGUUGUCAUUGUUGGAGCAAUCCUGUUUGUCCCAGGUGAAUAUUCAAUAAAGAAUGCUUCUGGACUUGGUUUCAUUGUAAUUUCUACAGGGAUAUUAAUAUCACUUCAGUAUAAUGUGUUUAUGACAGCUUUUGGCAUGUCGUCCUUCACUGUUGCCAUAUUGAUCACUCAGGUGCUGGGCUACGUGCUAGCAGUGGUUGGACUCUGUCUCUGUAUCAUGGCCUGUGUACCAGUGCAUGGCCCCCUUCUUAUUUCAGGUCUGGGUAUCAUAGCUCUAGCAGAAUUACUUGGACUAGUUUAUAUGAAAUUUGUGGCUUCCAAUCAGAAGACUAUACAGCCUCCAAGGAAAGCGGUAGAGGAACCACUUAAUGCAUUUAAAGAAUCGAAAGGAAUGAUGAAUGAUGAAUAACUGAAAUGAAGUGAUGGACUUCGAUUUGGAAAGCAGGAAGUCAUGAAAGGAAUACAUUUGUGUUUACGCACCAUGGCCUUGAUGAUUCACUCUUAUGGAGAAGAAAACAACUGGUUUUCAUCUGUGGGAGAACAUAAGUCAUUGACCUUUAAGUGAUUGUUACAGUUUUUAUUCAAAGCAGCUGUAAUUUAGUUAAUAAAAGAAUCAUGAUGUGUGUUGUGUACCCAAUUGAGAUACAGUUUUCUGCUGUUGUUUUUAUGCAAUUAGGGGGAAACAGAGGGGGCAACUUCCAAGAAUGAUGCUUUUUAGAGACUAGGCCCUCUUAGCUGUUGGUUUAGAUUGGUUCUGAUUGAGAAUUCCCAAGCACUAACCUAGUGGUUGUCUGGGGAGCUCUAUGAAAACCAAUGGCUUCCGUGAAACCCCAGCAAACUCAGGUUCAUAGCAGCUUUGCUGGUUAUGGUGUCAGCUGAAUAAAGUGUCUGCCACUUGUGGGUCAAGGGAAUCAUGAACUCAGUACAGACAAGAAUUUGACUGGAAAUAUUUCAUACGCCACGUGCAUGUGACGUGAUAUUGAUGGGGAGGUAGUGGUCUCCAUUCUUGGGGGUUGCCAUUCACACACUCCCCUUUCAAUGUACCAUGUAACCGGUCCUUUCUGGAUUUAGAGUCAUUUUUUUAUGGCUGUGUUUUCUUUGAUUCAUGCAACCCUUUUUUUACCCCCAUCUUGUCCUCUUGUUAUUUGCUUCUGCUGUACAAGAUGUAGCACCUUUUCUCCUCCUUGAACAUGGUCCAGUGACACAGUAGCAUCAGUGGUAGGAAGGAGCUGGGAUUGGUUUCAGAGCACUGUGUUCACACUUUGCAGCAAAA